AUAUAGACUGUCAGUUUCGGAUCCAAGGACGGUGAUGGCAAAGCUUACUUGGGCUGCCUGUCAAACCCAAACUGUCACGGAUUAAAUCCCGCUGCCUGCUGUGAAGCCCCUGUGCACUGCAAACUUAGUGAGCGAACUGGGUAAUCAGUGGUUGGAUAUGCAGAUCUCUGACUUAAAAGGCGGGGUGACCCCCCCGAGAACAUCUCCCAGGGGCCGAAGCCCGCAGGUGCAGUGAGGCGCGCGCGCGCACGCGGGUGCUGGCUCCCCCGAAGCCGCUUCGCCCCGGGGGAGGGAGCCGGGGCGCCCGGCGGGGUCUGGCUGCCGCGCACCGGCGGCGGCGGCUCGUCUCCGGCGGCGGCGGCGGAUGAUGGUGGCGGCCGGCGCGCUGGGCUGUGCCUGUGCGUCGCCUCGGAAAUCAGCGCCCGGCGCUGCACACUGAGCCCUUGCAGGUCCGCAGCAGCCCGAGACUUGGCGAGGACAGACCCGGCGCGCAGGGGAAAAGGACCUGCGCGCAGGGGGGCCGGGGGGCGAGUGGGGUCGGCUUAUCAUGGCGGAUCGGACAGCUCCCAGCUGCCAGCUCCGGCUGGAGUGGGUGUACGGGUACCGGGGUCACCAGUGCCGCAACAACCUGUACUAUACAGCCGGCAAGGAGGUGGUCUACUUUGUGGCUGGGGUCGGGGUGGUGUACAACACCCGUGAGCACAGCCAAAAAUUCUUCUUGGGACACAACGACGACAUUAUCAGCCUUGCCUUACACCCAGAUAAAACUCUCAUUGCAACUGGCCAAGUUGGGAAGGAGCCGUAUAUUUGCAUAUGGGAUUCCUAUAAUGUCCAGACUGUGUCUAUUCUCAAAGAUGUUCACACACAUGGAGUUGCCUGCUUGGCUUUCGACUCAGAUGGACAGCGUUUAGCCUCUGUGGGAUUGGAUGCCAAAAACACUGUCUGCAUUUGGGAUUGGAGGAAGGGAAAACUUCUGGCUUCAGCCACUGGCCAUUCCGACCGGAUUUUUGAUAUUUCCUGGGAUCCAUAUCAGCCAAACAGAGUGGUUAGCUGUGGAGUAAAGCAUAUAAAGUUUUGGACACUAUGUGGAAAUGCCCUAACUGCAAAAAGAGGAAUAUUUGGCAAAACGGGGGAUCUUCAGACCAUCCUUUGCCUUGCAUGUGCCAAAGAAGACGUCACCUACUCUGGUGCUUUAAAUGGUGACAUCUACGUCUGGAAAGGGCUCAACUUAGUCCGCACCAUUCAAGGAGCACACAGUGCUGGAAUAUUUAGCAUGUAUGCUUGUGAAGAAGGCUUUGCCACUGGUGGGCGAGAUGGUUGUAUACGAUUAUGGGAUACUGAUUUCAAACCAAUAACCAAAAUUGAUCUCAGGGAGACAGAACAAGGAUACAAAGGCCUCUCUAUCCGGAGCGUGUGCUGGAGAGCAGACCGCCUUCUAGCUGGGACCCAAGACAGUGAGAUAUUUGAAGUGAUAGUGCGAGAGCGAGACAAGCCAAUGCUGAUCCUGCAGGGCCACUGCGAGGGGGAGCUCUGGGCCCUGGCCCUGCACCCCAAGAAGCCUCUGGCUGUGACAGGCAGCGACGACCGCUCUGUCAGGCUGUGGAGCCUGGCUGACCAUGCCUUGAUCGCUCGCUGUAACAUGGAGGAAGCAGUCCGCAGUGUCGCCUUCAGCCCCGACGGGUCCCAGCUGGCCCUGGGCAUGAAGGACGGCUCUUUCAUCGUUCUUCGAGUCAGAGAUAUGACAGAAGUGGUUCACAUCAAGGAUCGGAAAGAAGUCAUUCAUGAAAUGAAAUUUUCUCCUGAUGGUUCUUACCUCGCAGUGGGAUCCAAUGAUGGCCCAGUGGACAUCUACGCGGUUGCCCAGCGGUACAAGAAAAUAGGAGAAUGCAACAAGUCCCUUAGCUUCAUUACACACAUUGACUGGUCCUUGGAUAGUAAAUACUUGCAAACUAAUGAUGGUGCAGGAGAUCGAUUGUUCUACAAAAUGCCAUCUGGGAAGCCUUUAACAAGUAAAGAAGAAAUCAAAGGGAUUCCCUGGGCGUCCUGGACAUGUGUGAAAGGGCCUGAAGUGAGUGGAAUUUGGCCCAAAUACACUGAGGUUACUGACAUCAACUCCGUGGAUGCAAAUUAUAACAGCUCAGUGCUGGUGUCUGGAGAUGAUUUCGGACUGGUCAAGUUGUUUAAAUUUCCUUGUCUCAAGAAAGGAGCCAAAUUUAGAAAGUAUGUGGGCCAUUCUGCACACGUCACAAACGUCCGCUGGUCCCAUGACUGUCAGUGGGUGUUAAGUACAGGAGGGGCUGACCACUCGGUUUUCCAGUGGAGAUUUAUUCCAGAAGGUGUCAGCAACGGCAUGCUGGAUACUGCUCCCCAGGAAGGUGGCACCGACUCCUACAGUGAAGAAUCUGAUUCAGAUUUAUCUGAUGUGCCCGAGCUGGACUCUGAUAUUGAGCAAGAAACUCAAAUCAAUUAUGAUCGCCAGGUUUACAAAGAAGAUCUACCUCAGCUAAAGCAACAAAGUAAAGAGAAAAACCAUGCAGUGCCCUUCCUCAAACGGGAGAAGGCUCCUGAGGACAGCUUGAAGCUCCAGUUCAUACACGGUUACAGAGGCUACGACUGUAGAAACAAUCUGUUCUACACACAAGCUGGGGAGGUGGUCUACCACAUUGCCGCAGUUGCUGUCGUGUACAACAGGCAACAGCAUUCCCAGAGGCUGUACCUGGGACAUGAUGAUGAUAUUCUGAGCCUGACCAUCCAUCCGGUGAAGGACUAUGUGGCCACUGGACAGGUUGGAAGAGAUGCUGCUAUUCAUGUGUGGGACACACAGACUCUAAAAUGUUUAUCACUAUUGAAAGGACAACAUCAGAGAGGAGUGUGUGCGCUCGAUUUUUCAGCUGAUGGAAAAUGCCUGGUGUCGGUUGGUUUAGACGAUUUUCACAGUAUUGUAUUUUGGGACUGGAAAAAGGGAGAAAAGAUAGCUACCACAAGAGGACAUAAAGAUAAAAUAUUUGUGGUAAAGUGUAACCCACACCACGUUGACAAGCUGGUUACAGUUGGGAUGAAACACAUCAAAUUCUGGCAACAAGCAGGUGGGGGCUUCACCUCUAAAAGAGGAAUUUUUGGAAGUGCUGGAAAACUGGAAACAAUGAUGUGUGUCUCUUACGGGAGGAUGGAAGAUCUGGUGUUCUCAGGAGCAGCUACUGGAGAUAUUUUUAUUUGGAAAGAUGUCUUACUACUGAAGACAGUGAAAGCUCAUGACGGACCUGUGUUUGCUAUGUACGCGUUGGAUAAGGGCUUUGUAACGGGUGGAAAAGAUGGAAUCGUGGAGCUCUGGGAUGAUAUGUUUGAGAGAUGCUUGAAGACUUAUGCCAUUAAAAGAGCAGCGUUGUCAACUAGCUCAAAAGGCCUGCUUUUGGAAGAUAACCCUUCAAUUCGUGCCAUCACUCUGGGACAUGGACAUAUCCUGGUGGGAACAAAAAAUGGAGAGAUUCUGGAAAUCGAUAAGAGUGGCCCAAUGACACUGCUGGUUCAGGGGCACAUGGAGGGAGAAGUGUGGGGAUUGGCAGCUCACCCUCUCCUGCCCAUCUGUGCAACAGUGAGUGAUGACAAAACCCUUCGGAUCUGGGAAUUAUCCUCGCAGCACCGUAUGUUGGCAGUACGGAAACUCAAAAAAGGUGGAAGAUGCUGUGCCUUCUCCCCUGAUGGGAAAGCCUUAGCAGUGGGCCUGAAUGACGGGAGUUUCCUGGUGGUGAAUGCUGACACCGUUGAAGACAUGGUGUCCUUCCAUCACAGAAAAGAAAUGAUCUCUGAUAUUAAAUUUUCAAAAGAUACAGGAAAAUACUUAGCUGUGGCAUCCCAUGAUAACUUUGUGGAUAUUUACAAUGUACUGACAAGCAAGAGGGUUGGCAUCUGUAAAGGAGCUUCUAGUUACAUUACACACAUUGACUGGGACUCUAGAGGAAAAUUAUUGCAAGUUAAUUCGGGUGCCAAAGAACAACUUUUUUUUGAAGCUCCAAGAGGCAAAAGGCAUAUUAUAAGACCUUCAGAGAUUGAGAAGAUAGAAUGGGACUCAUGGACCUGCGUUCUGGGGCCCACCUGUGAGGGAAUCUGGCCAGUACAUAGCGACGUGACGGAUGUCAAUGCUGCCAGUCUCACCAAAGACUGUUCCCUCUUGGCCACGGGAGAUGAUUUUGGUUUUGUUAAGCUUUUUUCAUAUCCUGUCAAGGGGCAGCACGCAAGGUUCAAGAAGUACGUGGGGCACAGUGCCCACGUCACCAACGUGAGAUGGCUGCACAAUGACUCUGUGCUGCUCACAGUGGGCGGUGCCGACACAGCCUUGAUGAUCUGGACCAGGGAGUUCGUGGGGACCCAGGAGAGCAAGCUGGUGGACAGCGAGGAGUCUGACACGGAUGCGGAGGAGGAUGGAGGCUAUGACAGUGAUGUUGCUAGAGAGAAGGCCAUUGACUACACCACCAAGAUCUAUGCUGUGAGCAUCAGAGAAAUGGAGGGCACCAAACCACACCAGCAGAUGAAAGAAGUGUCCAUGGAAGAAAGACCACCUGUUAGCCGAGCAGCUCCCCAGCCUGAGAAACUCCAGAAGAACAAUAUCACCAAAAAAAAGAAACUGGUUGAGGAGCUGGCUCUGGACCAUGUGUUUGGCUACAGAGGAUUUGACUGCCGCAACAACCUGCAUUAUCUUAACGAUGGGGCCGACAUCAUCUUCCACACGGCAGCGGCUGGCAUCGUCCAGAACCUCUCCACAGGCAGCCAGAGCUUCUACCUGGAGCACACGGAUGACAUCCUCUGCCUCACAGUGAACCAGCACCCCAAGUACAGAAACGUGGUGGCAACCAGCCAGAUAGGGACAACACCUUCCAUCCACAUAUGGGACGCCAUGACCAAACACACUCUCUCCAUGCUGCGGUGCUUCCACUCCAAGGGGGUUAAUUACGUCAACUUCAGCGCCACUGGAAAGCUGCUGGUGUCUGUGGGAGUGGACCCUGAGCACACCAUCACUGUCUGGCGAUGGCAGGAAGGUGCCAAGGUUGCCAGCCGAGGGGGUCACCUGGAGCGCAUAUUUGUGGUGGAAUUUCGCCCUGACUCCGACACACAGUUUGUAUCUGUCGGGGUCAAACACAUGAAGUUCUGGACCCUGGCAGGCAGCGCCCUGCUUUACAAGAAAGGAGUCAUUGGGUCCAUGGAGGCUGCCAAGAUGCAGACGAUGCUGUCAGUGGCCUUCGGUGCUAACAACCUCACGUUCACGGGUGCCAUCAAUGGAGAUGUCUAUGUCUGGAAGGACCACUUUCUCAUCCGGCUGGUGGCCAAGGCACACACAGGCCCCGUGUUUACAAUGUACACCACUCUCCGGGACGGGCUCAUCGUGACUGGUGGGAAAGAGCGGCCGACCAAAGAAGGAGGUGCCGUAAAAUUGUGGGACCAGGAGAUGAAACGCUGUCGGGCCUUCCAACUGGAGACAGGCCAGUUGGUGGAGUGUGUGCGCUCUGUGUGCCGUGGCAAGGGAAAAAUUUUAGUAGGAACCAAAGAUGGAGAAAUAAUUGAAGUUGGUGAAAAAAAUGCUGCUUCUAAUAUCCUUAUUGAUGGACACAUGGAGGGGGAGAUCUGGGGCCUGGCCACACAUCCUUCCAAGGACAUCUUCAUCUCUGCCAGCAAUGAUGGUACAGCCCGGAUCUGGGACCUGGCUGACAAGAAGCUGCUCAACAAGGUGAACCUGGGCCAUGCAGCCAGGUGUGCAGCCUACAGCCCUGAUGGGGACAUGGUGGCUAUUGGCAUGAAGAAUGGAGAGUUUGUCAUCUUGUUGGUGAACAGCCUGAAAGUCUGGGGGAAAAAACGAGACCGGAAAUCUGCCAUCCAAGAUAUCAGAAUCAGCCCAGACAACCGAUUCUUAGCUGUUGGUUCUUCUGAGCACACAGUUGACUUCUAUGACCUCACUCAGGGCACAAGUCUGAACCGCACUGGCUACUGCAGAGAUAUCCCAAGCUUUGUCCUUCAGAUGGACUUUUCUGCGGAUAGCAAAUACAUUCAGGUGUCAACAGGAGCCUAUAAGCGCCAGGUGCAUGAGGUCCCCUUGGGGAAGCAGGUAACUGAAGCCAUGGUCAUUGAGAAGAUCACCUGGGCUUCCUGGACAAGCAUUCUAGGGGACGAAGUCAUUGGCAUUUGGCCAAGAAAUGCUGACAAGGCUGAUGUCAACUGUGCGUGUGUGACUCAUGCUGGCCUGAACAUUGUCACAGGAGAUGAUUUUGGGCUGGUGAAGCUGUUUGAUUUUCCUUGCACAGAAAAAUUUGCCAAACAUAAACGUUACUUUGGUCACUCAGCUCAUGUGACAAAUAUCCGUUUCUCUUACGAUGACAAGUAUGUGGUCAGCACUGGAGGAGACGACUGCAGUGUAUUUGUGUGGCGAUGUCUGUAA